AUGGAAUCUGUUGACUGGAGGACUGACCUACCACCCGAUCAACGCAUAAAAGUUGUCGAUAAGAUAAUCAAUACCCUGAUGAAGACUUGCAGUGGACUGGAGAAGCCGCAUCAACUCAGGGAUAUGGCUAUCAUGUGUGAGGAGAAGAUUUAUGCUCAUGCAAAAAGCAAAAAUGAUUAUAUUCAUACAAUAGGUACAAAGCUGCAGAAGAUUUGUCAGAAGUUUAAAGCUACUGGUAAUCCAGAGAAUCCCUCUGAUCCAGGUAUAGGCUCUGAGGGCAUGCAACAAGCCCACAAUCAAGGUCAACCACCUCAUGUUCCUGGACAGUUUAAUCAUCCUCAAGCUGGUAAUCAGAUUUUGCCGCAUAACAUUCACAUGAAUAUUGCUUCUUCGUCUGGAUUGCAACCUAGCAGAAGCAUGUCACUGUCUACCGUUCCGAAUAAUUCCACCGAAAACUCAAGCUUGCAGAACAUUCAGAACAUUCAGAACAUGUCAAUUAUGGCAAACACUUACACCCAAAAUUCAAGCUUGCAGAACAUUCAGAACAUGUCUAUUAUGCGAGAUAUUUCCAGCCAUAAUUCAAGCUUGCAGAACAUGCCUAUUAUGCCAGAUAUUGCCAGCCAUAAUUCAAGCUUGCAGAACAUUCAGAAAAUGACUAUGGGCCAAAGUAUACGAAUACCUUCUACUAUUAAUACAAUUAAAAGGCAGAUACCAGGUAGUCAGCAGCAAUCUCAAAACUCGCAGCAUCAUCGUGAUAAACAGCAGUUGCAUCAGAUUGCAAAUCAGCAGUUCCAGCAGAAUAUUGAUACAACCUCGGUGCAGUCACACAUUCAGCAGCAGAAUUUGAUGCAGCCAACUUAUUUCCAGCCAUCCCAACAAUAUAUGCAGCCUACAACAAUACAUGCAUCUUGUGUCUCUAAUUCUCAACAAAAUCAGCAACCUAUUUUUUUACAAUCAGGCCAGCCUGUGAUUCAAUACCAUCAACAGUCAGGCAUCAAACAAGAUAUACAACAGAAAGCUACUUUUUUAGAAUCGGUUCAGCCUGUAAUUCAACACCAUCAACAGUCAGUCAUAAAACAAGAAAGGCAGCAGCCACAACAUCCACCAUUGAUGGGCCAGCAGAAUAAUCUUUCCAAUAUACAGCAGAACUCAAUUGUCCAACGCAACAACUUGUCUGUCUAUCAUCAGCAACAUUUGGGCCCUCAAAGUAGUCAGAAUAGACAGCAGCACCAGUUAGUCGGUACUCAAUCUGGUAAUUCCGCCAUGCUGAACAAUCAGUAUUCAGCACGUCUGGUUCAGUCAAUGCAAAGUCAAAGGUUACAAGAGCAGGCAAUUCCACAGAUACAAUCAGGACAGUUGUAUCACCAAUCAAAUAUUAAACCAGAGGUAAACAUGUCACAAGGAGAUAUGCAGCAGAGGCUUCCAACAUCACAAGAUUUACAGCAGCAAAAUGUAUUGAAUCAGCAGCAACAGCUUUCCCAACAACAAAGAGCCAUGCCAGAGACUUCAUCAAUACCGGUCGAUCCAGUAUCUACAACAGGAGUUCUAAACAGUGGAGAUUGGCAAGAGGAGGCGUAUCAAAAGAUAAAAACAGCAAAGGAUAAGUAUAUGCCAUGGUUUGCGCAAAAACUCCGGAAGUUUAUGCAUGAUUUAAAUAUUCUCCAGCAUGAUUUUGAACCUCAGAAACCACCGAGUAAGCAAUUUAUGGAUCUGCAAAAGUAUAAACAAAUGUUGGAAAAUUUCAUGAAAUUUCUACUAGUCUCCAAGACCAAUAUACCUCCCAACUAUAAAGAAAACUUGGGUAAGAUUGAAAGUUUCAUGUCUAGAUUUUUAAGCAAACGUGGGGUCACGCGGCAGCAGCAACCACUCAUUGCACCACAUAUAAAUUCUCCGCACCAAUUACAGCAGACACAAAAUCAUUUGACACAAGUACAGCCACAUGAAAAUCAGAUUCCCUCUCAGAUGCAAUCGGUUGAUUCACAGCAUAGUAAUAUGUCUGGAUUGCAGAACAACAAUAUGGAUUUUCGGCAGCCAACUUCCAACAUGCUUCAACCUCACCAGUUAAAGCAAAUUCAAGAUCGUGAAAUGCAGCGACAACAACUUCUGCAUGAACAAAUUAUAUUCAACCAGCAGCAUCAGCUCCAUCCACGAACAAAGCAGCAGCAGCAACCUAACAGAAAUCAGAUUACUAAUGGUAAAGAGUUAGAAGUUAGACAGCAGACUGGAAUUAAGUCACAGCCUAUAAAGCAGCAAAAACUCUCGGGAUAUCAGCAACAGUUUCCAUCUUCAUCUGCACAGAUUGACAAGCAAAACUUGCUGAAUUCUGCAACUAAAUCCGGCACAGCUUUGCAAUAUGCAAACUCACUGAUUAUGGUGUCAUCUCCAUCAACCCCAUAUACGUCUCACAGGCCAAUAAAAUCUAAGAAAGUUAAUUAUGGUAAUUCGUCACUUUCUAAUGCUGCUGGGAAUGUUGGACAUCAAACGACUGGUGUGACUUUACCCUCCCAACCUCUUGCUAAUGCUACAACUGGAAUAUCAACCUCACCUUUGCUUUCAGAGUGCAAAGCUCCAGAUGGAAACCACCAUGGUUAUGGUGCUUCAAAAGUUUAUGAGACUUCAGCUGUAGUACCUCCAGAGGAAGGGCAGCCGUCUGCAGUACCCCAUCCACGCACUCUGCCGAGACAAAAUCAAGAUGCUAGCUGCUUAGCGAGUACUAUAGAAGAUCCCAUGGAGCACUUGCUCAGAGUGGUGAAGUCUAUGUCACCAAAAUCCUUGACUUCUGCUGUCAGCGACAUUAGUUCAGCCUUAAGUACGAUUGAUAGCAUUGUGGAAGCUGAUCCAGGUGAUGGAUCAAUAGGUGAAGACUUAGCUGCCAUGACAAAAUCUCAUCUCCAAAGACCUUUUGCUUCAAAGUGGGAGGCCACCGCAACUUCUACCAUGAAAAGGCCUCGGAUUGAGAGGAGGCAUCCCCUUUUGGAUGAAAUAAGAGAGAUAAAUCAAGGACUUAUAGAUACGGUGGUUGAUAUUACCCAGGAAGAUGAUGUUGAUCCAGCUACAGCUCUAGGAGUCGGUAAAGGAAUUGUCGUUAAGUGCUCAUUUAGCACUGUAGCUCUUGAUCCAAACCUCAAGUCACAAUAUGCUUCAGAAUCGUCACCUAUACAACCAUUGCGAUUGCUUGUUCCUGCAACUUAUCCAAAUUGCUCCCCGUUACUCUUGGAUGAGUUUCCCGAUGAAGUCAGCAAAGAAUGUGAUGAUCUUUCACUCAGAGUCAAGUGUCAGUUCCGUAGUAGCGUGGAAAGGUUUAAACACCCAGUGUCACUUUCGGAGAUGGUAAGGGCUUGGAAUGCUUGUGCUCGAAUUGUUAUUAUGGAGUACGCGCAAAAAAGUGGUGGAGGUACAUUCACCUCAAAAUAUGGAGCCUGGAAGGACUGCCUUACUACUGCAUAA